CAUUUCUUUUUCCGUCUCGAUUCCUUGAUUUCCUUCCAAUAAAAGGAAAAGAAAUUCCAAAUCCCAGCUCCCCAAACUCCACCAGGAAAAGUAUCUCUCUCUCUCUCUCUCUUUUUCCUUUUUUUUGCCAAUGAAGUAAAUGGACCAUUGCCGCACGAUCUAGGAUUGCCACGUACACAUUUGACAAUUCCAGUUGGCCAAAGACAUGAGAGAGAGUCGCUGUCUUGCUGAUAAAACACACGUGCAUAAAAUAGGAACCUGUUCUAAUUUUGUUUGCUUCGCACUGGGCAGAGUCAAAAAAGCAAAAAUCGUUCCCUCUCUCUCUCUCUCUGUGUCUCGUUCCAGCACAAGUCCACUACUGUAUUAAUCAGUAAGCCUACUUCUCCAUCUUUCCAACACUUUCCUUCUCGGUAUCGGCCAGCUAGCCUUUUGCCUAUUGCUUAAUGAUUUUCUUGAAAGACAAAUCAAAUUCUAAGCUAUCUUGUUUCUUUCCAUUCACUUUGCUUCACUGAAUAUUCAGCACAUGUACUUACUUUCCUACUUUUUGUUUAUAGCAAUGAGCUAAUCAACUCCAUCACGGCGCCGAAAUGGCUUCUCUCUAAUCCUUAUAUAAACCCCUUCAGUCCCUCUCUUCUUUUCACCAUCAGCAAAGCUAUAUAAGCAGUCAAGCUCUGCUUUCUUCUAACACCUCUAUCCUUCUCUUUUGUGGUUUUUUUGUUUGUUUUUAGGGUCUGGGUUGUUCAAGAAAGAAAACCCUGAAAUUAUACAUACAGAAGAAGAAGAGAAUGAAUUGUCUCCAGAGUUGGCCUGAGCCGGUGGUUCGAGUUCAGUCUCUGUCUGACAGUGGGAUUCAUGCCAUUCCAGAGCGAUACAUCAAGCCGCUAACCGACAGGCCUGGCCUGAAAACAUGUUCGGAAAUCGAAGAACAUGUUGACAUCCCUGUCGUUGAUCUCCAGAACCUGUUUGGGAAAGACCAAGCCCUGCGGGAGGAGACCUUGAGAUGCAUCUCCAGAGCGUGCCAGGACUGGGGUUUCUUCCAGGCGGUGAACCAUGGGGUUAGCCACGAUCUGAUGAGGCGCACCCGAGAGGUGUGGCGUGGGUUCUUCAACCUGCCGCUUGAAGUGAAGCAAGUGUAUGCCAACGCGCCAAGUACCUAUGAAGGGUACGGCAGUCGCUUGGGAGUAGAGAAAGGAGCGAUUCUGGAUUGGAGCGAUUACUUUUUUCUUCACUUCAUGCCGGUUUCGUUGAGGAAUCAAAGCAAGUGGCCUGCACAGCCGUCAUCUUGCAGGGAACUGGUAGCAGAAUAUGGUGCUGAAGUUGUAAAACUAUGUGGAAAGCUGCUGAAGGCGAUGUCAACAAAUCUUGGUCUACAAGAAGAUUACCUGCAGAAGGCCCUCGGCGGAGAAGACAUCGGUGCCUGUUUAAGGGUCAACUUCUAUCCAAAGUGUCCUCAGCCUGACCUUACCCUAGGUCUUUCCUCACACUCAGACCCUGGUGGCAUGACCAUUCUCCUCCCUGAUCACGACGUAGCGGGACUCCAAGUUCGUAAGAAUGGCAAGUGGAUCACCGUGAAGCCUGUUCCUAAUGCUUUCAUUGUCAACGUUGGAGACCAGCUUGAGGUGCUGAGCAAUGAAAUUUACAAGAGCGUUGAACACAGGGUAAUCGUGAAUUCAGCAAAAGAUCGAGUCUCCCUAGCUUUCUUCUGCAACCCAAAGAGUGAUUUACUCAUCGAACCAGCCAAGGAGCUAGUGAGUAAGGACCGGCCGGCGCUGUAUAAUCCCAUGACGUUUGAUGAGUACAGACUUUACAUCAGGACCAAGGGUCCUUGUGGCAAAGCGCAAGUUGAAUCCUUGAAAUCCAAUAGAUAGUCUCCAUACAUAUAUAGUACCUGUGUGAUGUGUACCAAUCGCUUGCAUUUAAAUAAUGCUCCCAAGCCUGUCCAACCCAGAUAGCUUCUGAAAGUACUAUAAUCAGCCGAUUUGAAGCUUUACAUGAUCAUGUGAAAAAAUUACUGUAUGCAACCAUUUCAAGAAGCGAUAUUAAUUUGUGUCAUAUCAUAUUAAAAGUUCUAGAUGCCCUUUUAUUCAAAA